UUCCACUGGAAGAAGCUCAAACAGUACAACUCCCUCAGGAGCGGUGGCACCAGCCAACUCAGCUUCAGGGCAACCCCAGCCAAGUGACAAGGACACUUUAGUGCAGAGAGCUGAGCACAUUCCAGCCGGAAAACGAACUCCAAUGUGCGCCCACUGCAAUCAGGUCAUCAGGGGACCAUUCUUAGUGGCACUGGGGAAAUCUUGGCACCCAGAAGAAUUCAAUUGCGCUCACUGCAAAAAUACAAUGGCCUACAUUGGAUUUGUGGAGGAGAAGGGAGCCCUGUAUUGUGAGCUGUGCUAUGAGAAGUUCUUUGCUCCUGAGUGUGGUCGCUGCCAAAGGAAGAUCCUUGGAGAAGUCAUCAAUGCUUUGAAACAAACUUGGCAUGUCUCCUGUUUUGUGUGUGUGGCCUGUGGAAAACCCAUUCGUAAUAAUGUUUUUCACUUGGAGGAUGGUGAACCUUACUGUGAGACUGAUUAUUAUGCCCUCUUUGGUACUAUAUGCCGUGGAUGUGAGUUUCCCAUAGAAGCUGGUGACAUGUUCCUGGAAGCUCUGGGCUACACCUGGCAUGACACUUGUUUUGUAUGCUCAGUGUGUUGUGAAAGUUUGGAAGGUCAGACCUUUUUCUCCAAGAAAGACAAGCCACUUUAUGGAUGAAAGCCCAUGAUCCCAUAAGUUAUAACUGAAAUUUGUUUGGGACAAGGUGCUUUCAUAGCUGAGACAGAGCCCGAGUCCUUCCUGCCCCAUCACUCAUGAGGCCGUCACUCCUAUUGUGUGUGUGUUUGUUGUGGAGGAGGUUUUAGGCUACACUAUUUGUUUAACCUCCCGAAGAACUUUCAGGGCAUCUGUCCUGAAAGCUGUUAAUUUAUGGUCUAGCAAAUUUAUAUUAUAUGCAGAUAAUAAUUAACUGGGGAUAAAAGAAAGGCAAGGGGUGACACCGAGAGGCAGGCUGAAUGAGUCUCCAAUGGCAACCCCAGACUACCUCCUGGCCCUGUGUCUUGUAGGGAGGCAGGAAGCUUCUUUUGAAAUAAAGUGCUGGAACUGCGUCGUGCAUUAUUUCUCAUUGCUGCUGAAACCACCUGUAGGAAACUUGCUGGCUAAUGUCCACUGUCACAGAUCUUA